AUGUAUAUAUAUGCAGGAAGAUCAUGGAUCCAAGUGAAAUCUAAAAUCAAGAAGGAAUACCCCACAGUACAAUACGCAGCUGCCAUGGCUUUGCCACCUUUAUCUAUUCAAGGUGAUUUGGGAGUUGUUUCUGCUGCUGGAGUUAGAUAUGCAUAUCCACUCCUAAAAUCAUUUGCAAAAAUGGGACCUCAAGGUGUUCUUGGUGCCACAAAGCUUUUACGCCCUUUUUCAGAAAUAGUUGAUUCAUUGGGACUCAAAGAUCCUUUCAUUAGAAAUUGGGUGGAUCUUUUGUCUUUCUUACUUGCUGGAGUGAAAUCCGAUGGUGUUCUUGAUGGGUUUUGA